AUGAAGACAGCCAGCGCUUCCGCUUCGUCGUCGAAAACCUUGCCGAAGAAAGCUACUGCUACGGCGCCGAAGAAACCGGGUGGGGGGGCCAAGACGAAAGGGAAAACAAGGAAGCAGCAGCAGGAGCAUAUCGACAGAUCGUUUGGGUGGAACUUGUACACAGUGAUUCGAGUUCUGCUCUACGGAGUAGUGCUGGCCUUGUUUGUUGUCGGUCACUGGGGUGUUGCGGUGCUUGUCAAGCACACGCAACUAUGGAGCCGCUACCUAUUCUGGUGGUUCCCCAGGCCUUCUUCAGGGGCAAGCAAUAGCGCAGGCGCAAAGGAUAGUAGCACGGGAGCUGAUAUGGAACUGAUGAAUAGCAACAAUGUAGAACCGGAAGAAACACCAUGGGUAAAUGAUGGUGACCGAGGGGCGCAGUCUAGUGGUAUCGCUUCGGACACUGGAGGCAGUAGAAAUCAGGCCGAAAGAGCAACGACGAGAAACACUGCAAUGGGAGAGGAAUUCUACAAGCGAAAAGGCAAAGGCGUUGCUGAUGAAUGA